UUCUGCCCAUCAACCGAUUAUGUUUUUGGUAUUCCAUCUACUAUUGGAUCUGAGAAUCCGAGUCGAGCCAAUCAGAAGUUAAGGAUUCGUCGGAUCGUUGUUUGGGCCUCCGCUUCCCGGGACCAUGGAGCUCUCUCUGCAGUUGCUGUUUGUGCUGGGGGUUGUGGCCCUGACGCAGACCCGGGCAGGCUCGCACUCCAUGAGGUAUUUCCACACUGCCAUGUCCCGGCCUGAGCUCGGGGACUCCCAGUUCAUCACGGUGGGCUACGUGGACGAUCAGCAGUUCGUGCGCUUCGACAGCAGCAGCAGCGAGAGUCAGAGGAUGGAGCCGCGGGCGGCCUGGAUGGACAAGAUGGACGAGGAGGAACCGAACUACUGGGAGGAGCAGACGCAGAUCUACAGGAAGAACGCGCAGAUUUACCGAAGGAACCUGGAGACCCUGCGCGGAUACUACAACCAGAGCCAGGGCGGGCUUCACACCAUCCAGAGAAUGAUUGGCUGCGAGGUUUCCCCGGAGGGCAGCUUCAGGAAGGGGUUUUACCAGUUUGCCUACGAUGGACACGACUACAUCGCCCUGCAUACGGAGACCCUCUCCUGGACAGCAGCAGACACUGGAGCCGAGAACACCAAGCGCAAGUGGGAGCCUGAGAAGAGCAUCGCAGAGAGCUAUAAAGCCUAUCUGGAGAAGGAGUGCACGCACUGGCUGAAGAAGUACCUGGAGAUGGGGAAGGAUGUUCUGCUGAGGACAGACCCCCCUUCUGCCAGAGUGACCCGGCACAGCGGCCCCGACGGGGAGGUGAGCCUGCGGUGCCGGGCCCACGGCUUCUACCCUGCGGAGAUCUCCCUGAUGUGGCUGCGGGAUGGCGAGGAGCAGCUCCAGGACACGGAGUUCAUUGAGACCAGGCCGGGGGGAGAUGGCACCUUCCAGAAGUGGGCCGCUGUGGCCAUGGCCCCGGGCCAGGAAGACAGAUACAGCUGCCGAGUCCAGCACGAGGCCCUGGCCCAGCCCCUCAGUCUGAGAUGGGAGCCUGAGGCCUCCUCCUUGUGGGUCAUUGUGGGGGUCACUGCGGGGGUCCUCGUCCUGGUCACUGCAGUGGUGGCUGGAGCUGUGAUCCUGAGGAGAAGGAAUUAAGGUGGAAAAGGAGGAGCCUAUGUUCCAGCUGCAGACAAGGACAGUGCCCAGGGCUCAGACGUGUCUCUCACAGCCACAGCUUGAGAGAAUCUCCUUGUGCAGAGCUGAGGAAAAAUCCUGGUUAUAUUGAAGGCUGCAUUUCCUGUCUUGUUCCUGUUGACCUCUGACCUCUCCUCCUCAUCAUUGGCCCCUGGGAUCAUUACUGUACUGGACUGAUCCAAACCCAGGGAGAAUCAUUCAUGUCCUCAUCCUGUUAUCUAAGAUUCCAUCCCCCCCGCCCCCCUGCCUUCUCUCUGCUUAUCUCCCUUUGCAGGGAAACAACCAGCACUGGGCGCCAGAAAUGAGCGUCCUUCUCUGGCCUCAGACACUCCUCAGCUGUGUGACCCUGGGCAAGUCACUUGAUCCCCAUGGUCUAGCCAUUACCACUCUUCUGCCUUGGAGCAGAUACACAGUAAUGACUCCCUGAUGGAAGGUGAGGGUUUUUAAAAAAAAGAAAAGAAAAAAGAAAUGAGCGUCCUUUGGAUGAUGCUCUGAACUUUGUGACUUGUACUUUUGUAAAAAGAACUGAAUCAUGAGGUUUUUAUUAUUAUUUAUUCAUAACUACAGUUCAUUAAUAUUAAUUUUUUGAAUUACUUUAUUUCUCAAUUCUUCAUCUUUCCCCCCAUAAUCUCCAGUGAAUUUUUUGAGGAUACACUAAGUCCUUUGUGCUGCUUCUGUGAAUCAUUACCCCCAAUUCUUCAUGAGGAAAACUCUCCUCAUCCCUUAGUCUGUACCAAAAUCUCUCCUCACCAGAGCUGUGAUGAAAUAAACUUCUCCAUGCUUCA